AUGGAUAAGCGUAAUUUACAGGACGAAAUGAGUUCCAACAAGUUAGAAGCUAUCCAUCUUUUGCCAAAAAUUGAUGUUAAGUCAGUGAAAAAUUAUAUGGUGGAAUUAUUAAGCCUAUAUCACAUAAAAAAUGCAGAAUUUACUGCUGAAUGCUUAAUUUGUGCUUCUUUAUUAAAAAGUUGGCAAAAUUUAGUUCAGCAUUUAAGAAAUCCUUCUCAUAUUUAUAAAAUCAAAGAAGAUAGUAAACAGUUCACAGCGUUUUGUAUUAAAUGUAAAUAUAUUUUAAUAGCAGAUAAUGCAGAUUUUAUAUUUGAACAUUUUAUUUUGCACAGAGCUGCUACAAUUCAAAGGGAUAAACAAACAGUACAGAAGUCCUUUGAUAAUGAUCCAACCAUACUGAGUUCAAAUAUCAAUUCCUCAACUUCAAUUUAUAAGGAUGAUAAAAAUAUCGAUACUAAUUUAAUAAAAUAUAAGCAUGAAGACCAAAUGAAAAAUAAAUAUUUUAAUAAUGAAGAUGCAUUCGGAAAUAUUAAAAGAUCAGCACCAGAAAGGCAUAAAUCAGUUUUAACUGAUAAUUUUAUUAAACAAGAUAUUGAACGAUCUGCUAUGAUUAGUAGUAAUGUUACAUCUUGUAUUUCAGUUACAAAAUCAACACCAGCCAUAUUUAAUGAUAUACAAGAAUUAGGGGGAAAAUUGCUAACCGAAAAUCAUCCUGAUUUGAUUAGUCAAAACAAAAAUACAAAGACUUUGGAUUUUGAUGGUAAUGACUAUGAACUAAGUAGACAACCUAAACUUGGAGUAAAUUUUAGAAAAACAUCGAGUAAAGAAAGCGUAGCAACAAGUUGUCAAAAAUUAAUUUAUUCUUCUUCCAUAGGUGUUUCUCCAUUGCAGAAGGAUAUGAGCAAUGAAAGUAUCAAAAUAACUUCCCAAAAUGUUGUUUCUGAAAGUUAUAAAAAUAACUUUUAUCCUAAAAAAGCAUUUUUCAGUAACACAACACUUCAGCUUAUUAGUCCAGGGGUAUCCAUGAACGAAUUUACUGUCAGUCAAGAAUUAAACACUGUAAAUUUAAGUGAUUAUUGCACAAAGACAUACUACUCAUCAUAUUAUAGAUUACGAAAGUUAAAUUACUCAUGUUUGGAUUGCAAUGUAUUGCGAUUACAGGAAAAAGAUUUUUAUAAACAUUUAAUUGGAGUUAAACAUUAUAAUAAUCUGGGAGAAUGUUACGGUACAGGUUUCAUUAAAAUUUGUGAUAUCUGCAAAGUACUUCUUUUUGGUCAUAUUGAUCUUAUUAAAGAACAUUUUCAGUGUACUACUCAUAAACAAAACAUAAAAUGCAAAAUGGGUUUAAUAAAACAACAAUUUGCUGUUAUAUCCGGUGAAAUAAAAUUAGGUUUUUCCGGUAAACUUACCGAUAGAUGCACCACUUUAUUCUCUUCCAAGGAAGCUGUUAAUAGCUGGGUCGGAUCUUCAUUAAAAGAAGCCAGAGAGGUAGCAUCCUCGGCUGUCUCACUUCUCAGUAUUCUAGAAAGAGAUAUUAAUGAAACAUUAACAGAGAAAUAUUCUAAUUUUUGUGUAAAAGUUGUUGGUUCAAGGCUUUAUGAAUUGGCAAAUCAUGGAAGUGAUGUUGAUAUACACUUGAGUAUUGGUGAUGUCUCAGUAGGUGAUUUAGUAAUAUACUUUCACAAGGCAACACGCUUGUUUGAAGUGACGAGAACUAUUUUGGAUGCCAAAGUGCCUAUAAUAAGAAUUAAACAUUUACAAUCCAGCUUGAUAUGUGAUAUUAAUACUACUAAUCCUUCAGGUCCAUACUGUUCUGAGCUCAUCAAGCUUUAUAUUACUCUAGAUGACCGAGUUCGUUGGCUAGCAAUGGCCAUCAUGGAAUGGAGCACAGAAAAUGAUAUUAGAGGAGCCAGGAAAUUCAAAAGUUAUGCAAUAAUGGGUCUUGUUCUCUUUUUCUUGAUGUCACCUAAGAUUCGCUUAAUUCCCUCAGUUCAUAAAUUGAAAGAACUUUAUGAGGGCAGUAGAGUAUAUAUUAAAGGUUGGGAUUAUUCAUUCUGUAGAGAUAUUGAGAAAAUUAAAAAAAUACAUAAUCCAUUAUUAUGUACUUUAAACAAAUGCGAAUUACUUGCUGAGUUUUUCAAAUAUUAUGUAAGGCUUAAUACAAAAAGAAGUGUCAUUUUCCCUCAUAAUGGAGAGGUUUAUCGUAAAGUUGUAUUUGCUAAUCCAUCUUUAAAUAUUUACCCUGGUAUUCAUAGUAAUCAAGAAGACAAUGAACCCAUAUCCAUUGGGGGUCGAUUUGUUUUAAUUGACUUUUUUUGCCUCAGAGAAAAUAUUAAUAAAUCAGUUGAUGAAAACUUAUCAGAUCAUUUUAAAUCCAUUUGCCAAAAAACACUUUCAUGUGGUUGGCAAAAUUUAAAUUGCUCAAUCAAAUAAUACAUAAAUUUUAUAUUGUUAUCUUUUAUAUACUUUUCGACAUUGUAUUAAAAUAUAUUCAAUCCCUUCCUUUCUAUCCAAUUACUAAAUAAAUUGUUAUAUAUAUUUCUUAUUUUUAUGAUUAUAAUAUAUAUUUAUAAAAAUGUAUUAAUACUACAGUUUGUCUUAUUUAAUUUAAAGAUGUUACAUAACUUUGAUGUAUUGUAAUGCUAUUUAUUAUUAUUAUUUUAUUCUAAGGCUCGGAAGCCACCCACCCAUUGUUGCUAGUAAUUAUUAUUAUUAAACAGGGGUCUCCAAAGUAUGGCUCAUGGGCUGAUCUAGUCGACGAGCAUCUUCCAUCCGGACCGGUUAAAGUUUCUUUGAUAACAUGGUAAAAUUUUAAAAAUAUAUAUUUUCAUUAAUCACUUGUACAUAAUCAUCAUAGCUUUUAUUGAUUGAGUUGUUAUUCUUACAAAGAUCAUUUCACAAAUGUAUUGCAUUUAUAGAAUAAGUUUUCUUUUUAUAAUCACAAACUAUGGCCUGUGGGACAAAACGUUUGGAGAACCCUGCUCUAAACAUAAAGGAACAUGUCCUGGAUUAAAGAAUUUAUUUUUAGGAUUAGAUAUAUUAUAUGUUGUAUUCUUUUAAUAAAUGCUUAAUAACUUGUUACAA